AUGUCUAUACAGAGUGACCUGACCAUCAAUGCCUCCAGGUUUCGUCCGGAGAAUGUCACCGAAGCCACCAAACAGGCAAACAGCUUCCUCCAAGAUGUCACAACCAAGGGACCUCGUUGGCAUGAAGUUGGCGCUGCUACCUACCGCGAUAUGCGUCUCCAAGGCAAACUCGCCCUCCCAGCGCCCACCUACCUCCCAGGCGCUACAGAUGCUACAAUUCCUUCUCGAGACUCCUCUCGUCGAAUCCCGAUACGCAUCUACAAACCCGACAACGGCCAGUCUAGUGAAGGUGUGUUUUUCCAUGCCCAUGGGGGCGGAUGGGUCUUGGGGGACGAGAAGAGCUCCGACCAAGUACUACAAAGGUAUGCCAAUGGCUGCCAACUAACCGCCAUCUCCGUGGGCUAUCGUCACGCGCCUGAAGACCCAUACCCAGCAGCCGUCCACGACUGCAUCGACGUGGCCGAGUACCUAAUCGACCAUCCCGAGGAGUACGGCCCUGUCCGCUUCAUGGGCGGAGAGUCAGCCGGGGCAUACCUUGUUGUCCUAGCUACGUUUCACCUCCUCGCGUCGCGGCCGUCUCAUGCCCUCGAAGGCCUUGCCCUCCAAUAUGGGUUAUACGACCAGUCUCUAGGCCUUCCUUCUCUCACGACAACCACCCGGUCCAUCAUGAUCGACCGGGCAGCUAUGGAGCGCUUCCGCGGUGCAUUCCUGCCCGGUAAAUCUCCUGAGGAAUGCAGAGACCCUUCCAUCUCUCCGAUCUACGCCGAUCUGUCUGGACUCGCAGCGAAGGCGCCGAAGGGCCUUCCUCCUGCGCUGUUCGUCGUCGGGACAGAUGACCCUCUCCUUGAUGAUACGAUUCUCAUGGGUGCGAAGUGGAGUAUGGCUGGUGCGGAUAGUAUCGUUAAGGUCUAUCCUGGAGCCGCGCAUGGGUUUACUGCGAUACCGGGCCUGCCUGUUUCGGAAGAGGCGAACGCGGUCAGCGUUAAGUUUGUGAAUGAUAGGGCCACAAGUUUUAAGUGA